AUGUGGUGGAGAAUGCAGGCACCCAACGUGGUGAAGAGCAUCGAGCCCCCAGCAAAUGAGCUUCCCAGUUAUGGCUGGCAGUUGCUGCCCCAGUUGUACACUCUCUGCAAGGAGCAGCACUUCUGUGACUGCACCAUCCUCACUGGGAAUGUGCAUUUUAGAGUACACAAGGUGGUUUUGGCUCCUGCCAGCCUGCUGUUUAAAUCUGUGUUGGACAGCACAGACACCAUCUCCAUUCAUGCUUCUGUGGUAACACGUGAGGAGCUUCCACUCUUACUUGAGAUUAUGUACAGUGGCAAAUUCUCACUGAGGAAACACAAUUUCACCAAAGUUAUUUCUGUGGCAGAUAGUCUGCAGAUGUUUGAUGUGGCUGUUAGUUGCAAAAACCUCCUCAGGGAUCUCAUAAGUUGUUCUGCUCAGGACCAGGUAGUAAAAGGAGUCCUCAGCCAGGAAGCAGAUUCAUCUGGAAACCAAGCUGAAGCUAAUUACCUGCUUCAGUCUGGAAGACCUGAUGAAGAAAAAACAUUUAUCAUCCUCACUCAGAGAGUUUCUCCUUUCCCCGUAGAAGCAGAAAUGGGAGCAGGUGUUUCUCCUCCUGGCCAGGAACUUACUGUGAAUCAUGCCUGGGUUCAUCCGGACACAGUGUCGAAUGACUCCAGGUCCCUCCAGGAGGAUUCAGGCUCUGGCCCUGACCAGCCUGCCCAUGCUGAGGGGAGUGGCUAUAUGGAAGAGGAGCUUGCUGAGCUGCCAGAGGGGAAAGGGCGAUUGAGGGAUUUAGCAGCAGAGAGCAAAAGCUAUAAAAUGGAUUUAUUUUUUUGAUCUGAAAAUGUUUUCUCUGAGGCUCUCUCUGAUGCCCAGGCUGUGCUGAAAAGACUCAAAGAGUGCAGAGAAAUUGAUGCCUCUCAAAAGGAGGCUCUGGCUGCCUGUGUGGCCAAGGCAGAGGAACAUUCAGUGUUCAAGAAGCUGCUGUGCAAAGUUAAGGAUGCUUACACCCAGGAUAGUGACACUUGACAUGCUCAGCCCCUGGACACUCAGACCCUUGUGUCUUUUCUGAAGCUGUCUCAAGACACAAAUCCUGAGCUGAGGGUGGCUUUGCUGGAGAGGGAACAGGGCAGCAGAGAAGCCCCACAGCAAGCAGAGAGCAUAGCCGAUGAAGAGACGCUGACCGCUUGCUUGCUGUGCUGCAGGGAGGAGCUGAUCCAGAGCAUGACACAGCUGAGCCCCGUCAUAGAGUUGGAGGCAGUAGAAGAGGGAUUCCUGACUGCCUCUGAGAAGCGGGUAGCUUUGGAUUGCUGUGAAGGCAGCUCUCAGAGGGAAACUAUGGACAAUCUGAUCAGGAAGGUGGAUGAAGAGAAAACCCUUAAAGUGAAACUUCUGGAGGCUGUGAAAGCAUCCUUCCCUGGACUCCAGCUUCUGCCAGACAUCUUGGUGGCAGGAGCAAACAUCUCUGAUGGUAAAGGCAAAUGGAGCCCAGAGGAUUAUAGGGCCAAAGUGUUGUGACAACACCGAGAGAACUUUGUGGAGCUCCUGACAGACACCCAGGUGCUGCUGCAGGGCAUCUCUGCUGCAUGGAGCCUGACUCCUGCGGAGAGAGAUAUGCACAGGCUCCUGCACUUGUCUGCAGCAGGAGGUGGUGGUUUCACUUGCCUUGUGUUGGCAGUGCUGGAGCAGCAGUCCAUGUCUGUCUCUGCUGCUUGGCAGCUGCUGAUGGCUGUGCAGGAAUCUGCAUCCCCGAAACUGUUCAUGAAGGAUAUCUAGAAACAACCUACCUCAGAAUUUUUCUUCCUCACAUUGGCUAUCAGUGAGAACACAGCCAUUGAGGUCAUCCUGCAGCAUGGCAAGCUGAUUCAAGCCAUCCAGCAAAGAGAGGACCUGAAGGGCUUGGCUUUGGGGUAGGCAGGGCUCAGGGAAGCAGUGAAAGAGGUACUCAGUCCUAGUGGUCACCACCAAACCAGUAAUUGCAUAGGUCUCUUGAUUGAGGGAAGAGGGCAGAAACCUGGGAUCAAGAGAUGGAAGGUGAACAGUGAAUCCCAGUUUGAAGUUCUGGACGAAGAUAAGGACAAGGCAGGACGUGCCAGUGCCAAAGAAGCAAAGGAACCCCAAGACAAAGCUUCUUCCAAGAAGAGUUUUGUCGGCAAAGCCUGUUGUAAAGCCUGUGAUAAGGUCUUUCACUUCUACUGCCACCUGAAGGUGCACAUGAAAUGCUGUCAGGUUGCCAGAGGAAAGCAGAUCCAGUGUAAAGAGUGUGGCGAGGUCAAAUUGACAAAGAAUGAGCUGGAGAAGCAUCAGCUGGAGGUCCACGGGAUGGUGGGGAUUGCCAAGAAGAAAAAGAAGAAGAAGAGGCUCCACAUGGCAUGUGACAUCGGAAGAGAGUUUGCUCAUGCCUCAGGUUGGCAGUUGUCAGGGCUAUGUUAUCACAACAGGACCCACCACCCUGAUGUCUUUGCAGCUCAGAAUCACUGCUCCUCCAAGUUCUUCUCCCUGCGGUGCAGCUGCUGUGACAAAACCUUCACCAGCACUGCUGCUCACCAAAAGCACGUCAAGGCAGAGCACACAGAUGUGAAGUUCCACGAGUGUGAGUCAUGCAUGGAGCUGUUCCCCAUGCUGGCUCUUCUGCAGGCUCACAUGAAGUGCAGGCACUCAGCUUUCCAACCGUUGGGCUGCUCAUACUGCUUCAUAGCCUCACUCCCUGGGGCCCUGCAGAGCCACAUCACCAGCCAGCACUUCACACAAGAUAGCACCUUCAUCGGUUAGCUCUUCCCCUCCCAGGGCAAGCUGGAGGAGCACCUCAGCACUGAGCACCCCAAGGUGACCUUCUCCCAUGCCACCACUGCCCAGAUUGUACAGGCAACUCAGACAUCGGAGCAAGAAGCAGCAGAGCACAUAAUCUCUUUCAAUGAUGCCAAACUUGUGAUGUUGCCCAAAUCCCAAGUGAGACAAACUGGCUCUGAGGUAGUGACAGUGACUGUGGAGAGUUUGUUUGAUGAAGUCACUCUGCUGUGUGAAGAAAUCAAGUGAGGAGCAGGGGAGGUUGCCUGUGCCUGGCACCUGGUAUCCACUAGGCUUAUUCAGGAGCUCAGUGUGCUGCUCCACCUGGAAGAUUUGGGGCUUCUUUGGGAAAGCAAUCCCAGGCAUGCAGCAAGCACAGCAUAACCACACACAGGGGAGUUCAUAGACAUUUACUGCCUGAGAAGUCUCCCUGCAGUCAGCUGCUGGUAGAACACUCGUCUCUUCCAACACAUGAGAAAUAAAGCAGCAGAGGAAAAGAUGGGAAUCAGGUGUGAUCCUCCACUGCUGUGAACAGAGAGCAGAGGACUGGUACAGGACAAAGCUGGGACUUAUGGAUACGGGAAACAAAAAAACCAAAAAAACUGUCCUGAGAAUUUAGGUUGGAGAUUUUUAUGGCUGAAUCAGUGAUGUGCUCACAGGUAUCUUCUUCUGCAAGGUGUAUGGGCUACUUUGUUCCUUCUGCUCUCACCUGUAUUGUUGUGCAGCUGGAGAACUUUUCCAAAGAAAACAGAGCACAGAGCUGAGGAGCUGACCUUUGGGCCUCUCUUCUCCAGUAGAGACUUUCUGGGAGUUGUGCUAAAUUACUUCAUCACUUUUUGGAUGGCACCUUAUGCCACACAGCUCAGCGGGUCCAGUGAGACAUUGCUUAGAGUGGAGCUGCCCCAUCUGUUGAUCCUUAAUGCUGUGCUAACAUCACCUUGGUUUAGUACAUUGCACUUCAGACCUGAAGUUGUUUCUUUUGUCUCUGAGCAUGUCCUACCAGCUCUGUCCUUAUGUGAUUUGGACCCAGCUCUGGAAGUAUCAAGCGAUGAGUCUCUCUGUCCUGUCCCUCUGUCCCUCUUGUCCUGGUGAUGUUCAUCUGACCAUGCAAGUUCCAUGAGUAUUCAUACAUCCAGCUGGAUAGCAGCCCCAUUGCAAUGCUGGGGCCUCCCACGAGAUCUGUCUAUCGCAAAAAUCAUGGGCGACCCCAGGCCCCGGACGAGGGGAGAGAAAAAUGACGAGGCAUCUGACUCCAUCUUCAGAAGGCUGAUGAAGUACUUUAUUCUAUAAAUAUACAGUUGAAUCUGCCAUGCACUCACAAGCUCAACUGCACUCAUCCAUGACUCUUGCUGACUGUCUGCCCCGACAUUGCCAGCAGACAAUCUCGACACAGACACACUCUUGGCCUUGAUUGGCCAAGGGAAGAAAACAUCCUCACUUUGGAGAAUGUGAAUCCCAGCUAUAUUCCUGGGAAAAGCUGUGUCUUGCUUUUCUCCCUGAGGAGAAAUGUGGCAACAUCUGCCCUUUCUGGUUCUCUUCAAACUGUUGUCGCCAGGACUUUUCCAGCUCUAGUAUGGUGUCUGGUCCUGGGUGCAGGACAUUCCCACUCUGGGCUGUCCUCAAUUGGAGUGGACAAAACUCUCCUGGUACCAAGGUGAGCAGUCCGGUACUGUUCACUUCAAAACCCCAGUGCUCAUCCAAGCUGUAAAUGCUCCAGCCACUGUUAUUUCUACCAGGAACCACAUCAGGGAUUAGCUCGAAUUUCUUUCUUUUAGCAAUCACAGAAUCCCAAAGAGAUUUGGUUUGGAAAGACCUUGAAGCUCAUCCCAUUCUACCCCCUGUGUUCACCUUCCACUAUCCCAUGUUGUUCUAAGCCCUGUCCACUGACACUUCCAGGGAUGGGGCAGCCACAGUUGCUCUGGCAACCUGUGCCAGGGCUUCACCAGCCUCCCAGGGAAGAAUUUCUUCCUAAUAAUAUAAAUUUUCUGUCUCAGUUUAAAGCUAUUCCCCCUUGUCCUAUCACUACAUGCCCUUGUAACAAGUCCAUCAUGCUGCCCAGAGCAGCCUGCUGACUCACUGCUGGUCACAAAACUGAGUUGCAAAACCCACCCACUUGUGUCCCACCACUGCUGUGGUGCUUCUGCCUGCACUUCCUCUGGGUAAAUCCAGUCCACAUGCAAAAUUUUCUCUCCAGCAGGGUGCACAGAGGCAUGUGAAUUUCUAAUGACAGCUGAGAUUUGUGAGUAUUGACUUCAUUAUUCAGUGAUUAAAAUAUUCCAGCUUCAUUGUGACACAGGGGUGCAUUAAUGAUUUAUAGUAUUGCAUUUUGAUUUGACACCUUAGCAACGUUUAAAAGUGGAUUGUGCCAUGGAUUCUUCUGAAAUCUGGAAAUUAGAUCUUAAAAUUUAGCAGUUCAUUGACUUGAAAGGUGGACUGGACACACCAGAGUGGUAUGGUGGCACCAACUGCCUGAGGGAGUGGCACUGGCUGGGGGACACAGCAUCCAUUUCCACACAUGACAUGGGGCUGGUGCCUGGCGUGGCUGUGCUGAUUCUCUGUCAUUCUUGAGGGACUUUUUUCAGAAUUUUAUGUCUUUUAUAAAGUGAUGGGGUGCUGGAAGUACACAGACUUCCAAGAGUAUUUCUGGGCCAUGACACUUCUCUCCAUGCCUCUGUCCCACCUUUCCAUGGGACAGAGCCCUGUGACCAUCUGCCCCAGCAGAACACCCCAGCCCUUCUUGCUCCUCUAGUGAAGAAGGCCGAGAAUGAGACACAGCCACUUAUGCCUUUGCUGUCCCUGCAGGGAGUCCAUCACUGAGUGUCCCUGGCCACCUUCUGCCUUACCUGUUAUUAUCAGCAAAUGCUUUGAGACCUGCUUGUACAGUCUCUUCUACACAGUGGGGGUCCUCAUCAAUCACUUCAUCUCUUACCACUGCUCUUAGCAGACUCCUGGGGUUGUGUCUUUUCCUCUUGCCUGUGUCCUGAGAAGAGCAGGAGGGAUAAUUUCAGAGGUACAGAUCAGAGGAGGGAUGUUUCAUUUCAGACAUCCCCGUCAUAGAAUUUCCCCCUUGAACUGAUGCCUGCAGCAGCCUCAGCCCCUGGGGACCUCCAGGCCCCUUUUGGGAGUUUCAUCUUAUCCCCUUUUAUCUCCACUCCUUCCUAUCCCGAUUACCUGUUUGUUUAAGGUGCUGCAAACUUCACUUGAUAAGUUUACCUAAUUGCUUCACUUAAGUUAAUUACUUCUUGGCUGAACAAGAAAGCAACAUAAUUGAUGUCAAAGCAUAUUUGUCAGUUUCAUUAAUGUCCCUGUCCCUGGGCGUGGGAGAACUUGGGCCUCUACCACCACAGCACCCUUCCUUGACCAGGCAGCAUCCUGCUCCCCACGGCUCCCGAAGGCUGUAGGAGAGUGGAGAUGGAUGCUGCACCUCAGGCAGCCCUGCUAUACCUGUGUGCCCUCAUGGGCAGGUUACAGUGUGCUGGUGAUGCUGCCUCCUGUCCUCAGUUCUUGCCAGAUCCUAGGAACAGGCUGCAGUUUUGAGGCACUCUCGGUAAAUCCCAUUAUCCUGCACUGCCUGUCUGAUGCAUAGGCAGGGGUGGUGGGGGCAGGGAGGCUGCCCAGAGCACAACUAAUGAACCCCAUUACAGGCAGCAGACACCUCUGGCAUUAACCUGUUGUGGGUAAAGGGAUGAUCCUCAUGGAUCCAGCCUGCCUGACAUGGGGAGCAGCAUCAUGGGGACACCCUUGGCCAGAUUCAGAGCAGACCUUGCACAAGGUUAAACCCUACUCUGGUCCCUACUCUGGUUGCAUGCAGGCUGGGUUUGGGCCAGGAUACUGUCUCAAGUAUACUGUCUCAAGUAUGACUUCCCUGAGUCCUAGCUGUUCACUGGGAGUUAGGAGAGCUGACAAGAUGCUGAGCUGAGGUCUUUGCUGCUAAAUGAGGCUGGCAGUGAUUGUCAGGGAGUUUGUGUCUGCUUAUUUUUUUUGGAGGGUUCUUAUUUUUGUUCCCUUUGCAUGUGAAAGGAUUUGAGGCAGUAGGUUAGCUCAUAAAAAGGUUUCCCUGGGAGCAGCUGCCUGCUGGAUUUGAGGUGAAUGCCCUGGAGAAAACGCCUCCCACUCCAGUGAAAUCUUCCUCCCGUGACCUGCACUGGGAGGUGAACUUUUGUGCGAAAGAAAGAUAAUCCCCUUCGCUCACCGGGACUGAAGGCGCUGUGAUAAAAGCUUUCUUCAAGAUCAAAGACAUAUGCUUUUCUUUUUUUUCCCCAAACUACUACCUCAAACAAAAAGUUUGGUUUAUGCUGGAUUGAAGCUCAGAGUGGUGACAGCUCCAGAGCUCAUCUUCCUGGCUGGUCAGUGCCAGUGGGGAUCAGGACAGUGUGGGGAUGGAGGGCAUUGGGACCAUUAUCCCAGCACAAAGAGGGUUUAGGGGCUCAGCUCCAUUUCCCAGUGCACAAAACCACUCAGGGUUCAGGUUCCCUUUCAGUUGGAGGGAUUAUCAGGCAGCUGGAGCAGCCAGGGAGGGGGGGAGCCUGGGGAAUGGUUUGUGUUUGAUCUUGCUCAGCAGUUUCAUCUGUGCGAGUGUCCAACAGGAGCUGUGCUUGGGGGUCCAGGAAACCUUCUGUGCUGGAGGUGACAUAAAGGGCUGGGGCUGCUCCCAGGGUGAGCUGGGUAAUGGAGGGUGUUGUGCUGGUUUGCACUUAAAAAGUCAGAAGAUGGGCUUCCAAAACUGUGGGCUCAGCUACAAAUUGCAGGGUUGUUUCUUCAUUAUCGGAGCCCCAGUGCUGGGACCUUUUUCAUUGCUUUCUGCCCAGCUGCAGAUAUUUCCCUGCAGCCAGCCAGGCUGGUAUCCAGUAAAAGUCCACCCAAAGUGUCUCUUCUCAGCGUGCUCAAUGUCUUGUAUCAAUAUCUGUGUCGUCAGGACUUUCCAUUCUCUGGAAUAGCCUGCAACUGAGGAUAACUUGUGUGGUAGGGUGUAUCACAGAACACCCAACUGCAGGACUUCCCAUGUCAUGGGACACCCCCAACACAUAUACUCCAUAUCCCCAGACACCCUUUGGUGUAAGACACCCCAUGCCCCAUCCUGCAGAACAGAAGAGCAGCUACAGCAUGAGAAGCUUGAUUACCAGGAUCACGUGUUUCAGUCAGUGAAAUAAGUCCUACAUAACCCCACUUUCACCCAGCGCUGAUUUUCACAUCACAGCCAUGCAAAAUGGCAGAGGUUCUCUCUCUUCCACUGCUAUAUCCUCUCCAUGUUUAGCCCUUAGUGAAAUGAAGGAUCACAGGCCGAACUAUGUGCUCAGGAUAACUCCUCUGAAGCUAAUGGUCCCUCAUUUCAGACCUAGGCUCAGCAAACCUGGUCUCAGGGGAAAAAAAAUCUCACCAGGGAUGAAAUUAAUUCUGUUGCAUGCAACACAUUUUGCAUGGAGAUAAAGUUCCCUCUGUGUGGCUUCUGCAGGGCCUGGUCCCCUUGCUGUCCCCAGGCACUGCUGGGCAUGCAGCCCAGAGCCCAGAUCCAGCUCUGCUGCACCUCAAGUGCAGCAAAGUCUGUGUCCCAACUGUGCUGAGCCAGGGACAUCAGAUGAUGUUUUCCAGCUUGUUCUGGUGAAAAUCUAGCAAUCCACAGGUCAGGGCAUUGGAAAAGACUUACUUGCCUUAUGCUGUUAGUAUUUAGAGAAUUUUCUCUCCAGCAUCCUCCAGCUGGCUUAGACACAGCUGUCUCACCAGAUCAGCACUAGGCUAGGAGAAGAUCCUCCCUGACAGGACCAAAGAGCCAGGAAGGGUGGACCAGCAGCUGUAUUGCUGAUAGGAUGCCACCACCUGCAGCUUGAAACCUCCUUACCUUAUGCUCCUCCUGCACAACCUUCCCCUGCACCCACAUGCAGAUGCCAGCUUGGAUGUGUGAACAUCCAAGAUUGAAAUGAGAAAGCAGGAAGCCCAGGGGGCUGGCUGGGUUUGGGAUCUCAUGACCCAAACAGAGAGAAGGGGUUAACCCACACAGAUUUGGGAAAGGGGGAUGUUUUCCUUGAGGAGCCUAAUGAGACUGUGGCCAUAUCAUAGGCUGCUGCCAACAAAUAUGUAUUGAGAGGCUGAGAUAGAGAUUGCUCCUGAUUCCUGCUGGGAAUCCUCAGAACAGAGUGGAAAAUCAGUACAACAUCCUACAUCCCUCCAGAGACAGGACUGACAUGGACAUCUGGUCCCACUGAGGGGUUGCAGGGCUCUACCUUGCAGUUUUAAGGUCUGUCUUUAAUUAAAGAAGAGCAGCUGAGCUGGGAUAGUUCCCAAGUCUUGAGGAGGACUUCCCUUCCCUGGAAAGAAGAUGCAGGAAGUUUUUGAUGUGGGAAGGGGCUUUCCCUGAGGCUUUGGCCAACACCAAAUUCUUCUGCUGUGUCUGUGGGGUGGAGCAACAUCACACUCCAUUCUUGUGGCUGUCAAGGACGUGGACACGAGCCUCACAGAAGUCAGGGGACAGGUGGAUAAAGGAGAGGGGCACAACCCAGACCUUUUCAUAGGAAAGCUGUCCUUUUCGUUAGAGUCAAAGCUGCACUGUCAAAGGGGUUGUUCUGGACACUGGGGACUGGCAGCGCGGUGGCUGAUGGAAGUGCACUCUCACUGGGUAAUCCAAGAACUCUAAUGAUCUGCCUUUGAUCUCCUAUUCAACAGGGAGAUUUAUUACAGCUUUCAUUUCAAGUCAGAACUGAUGAAUUUCAGUGGACCUGUCAAGUGGCUACAAUCUGGAGGCAUUUAUCAUUCAGGAGGAAGAAACCAUCUCCUCUCUUUGUCUCUUAAAAUGAUGGGGGGAGACAUGGUACCCAGGCAGCGAGUGUCAAAUGAUGCCUGCUGCAUGACAGCAAAGUUUGCCUUGCUCAGGGCAGGCUCUCUGCUCCAGCUGUGGACCAGCAGCUGCUUUAGGGGUUUUUCUGCUCUGGCACAAAGUUAAUCUGCUAAUUACAUGUUGCUUUCCCUCUUCCCUGCUUCUGCAGUCCCCCAGAGGGACUGAGAUCCAGUAUCACAGGCUCCCAGGGCCAUUUCCCUGCAGCUGAGGAUCCUCUGGAUCUGGAAGAUGCCUCUGCUUCCAGCAGAAUGUGACCUGGAAACCUGGUGUCAAAAACUGUCUUUUAGAUUGUGCAGAGGACCUCAGUUGCAUUUAAACGAUUUUCUGCAGUUUAAUUAGAAUCUACACAUUUUGAUUCUGGGUGCUUAUAGGUCCUGGGGGGAGCCCAUUCCAGACUUUUCAUGUAAGUGCAGUUUACCUGUCCCAUCUAACUCUAUUUUCUCUCAACACUCCCCUGCUGAUGCAGGUCUGCAGCUGCAGACCCCUUAGAGGAGCUCCAGGAAUGCAUGUGCCAUCCUGCAGCAGGGGAAAAGCUAGGGCUCUUUGCUGAGUAAUGCCAAAUUUGUCAUUCCUAAGGGCCACAGAAAGGCUCUUAGGCACUAUUUGCAGCCUCUUCUCAGGCUGCUCCUUGUCAGGCUGCUCCUGGGCCACUCUUGAUGGUGUUGCUGCUGGUCUCUCUCCACAUCGCGUGGCUGCAAUGGCAGGAGCGUGUUUCUGUUACAUGUUGGCACUGGUUUGGGAUUUGCACUGAGAGAUGCAGUCCAACUAUAUCUGCAGCUAUUUCUCCCAGUCUCCAGAACUAGUACCAUUGCUUUGGUUCAUCCUCUACCACCUCCUGUCCCCAUCUCUCCCUUUGAGGAAGAGGCUUUCCCCUGGUCAGAGGCUGCACCUUUUUAAGGCUCUGUCUCAGUGCAGCAAUGAGUGUCCCAGGAGCACCACACAGGUGAACACAGCAUCCAUGUAGCUCCUGUCUCAGCCUACUCUUCCAAACCCGGAACCGUAAUUCAGGGGCACAUGGCAGAGUUAUAGCCUACACGGAAUGCUGAUGCUGCAGCACAUCGCUGUCAGAAUGGCAAAAGGACGCAUUGAAACAUGGAGAUCUCUUGGUUAUUACUGUGUGCCCACCUGCUUGCAAGGACUUAGGCGACUCUAUUAUCAGUGGCCUGUGGAGAGUGGGACAGGAGACUUUGUCAUUCAGUUAACAGGUGAUGCUGCACACUCAAACCCCAGAACACAGACAUCAUUACUGGAACUCUGUUAAAGCUAAACUUGUUUUUUCAGUGAGCUAUAGAUUUUGACAGGAUUGUUUAUUGGAGAGAUGCAAGGCUAGGUGUGUGGAGGUAAUGUCUUUCCACAUGCUGUUCGCAUUACAUAAUUUCUUGCUUUGAGGCUGCUUAGCAAGGUCUAAAUUCUUCAACAGAAUUGCAUGAUUGGUAAAACUUGCCAUGUGGGAUGAAUACUGCCUUUUCAGGAAUUUUGAUUUAAAAGUCUGAUUGCACUGAAUUAAUACCAAUCCUUUGCUAAGUUAUAAUGAUGUUAGCUGUUACCAUGAAAAUUAGAAAUUUGUAUACCUGGAAAAAUAUUUGCAAGUUGAUACACUCAGAGGCACAUUUAUCACUAUGUGGCUAAUGUUUUAGUUUGUGGACAGGAAGAUUCAUAUUUGUAAGAUAUUGUGGCUCCUUAGAAAAUUCAGUAGAUGCCUCCUUGGAAAUAUUUCAGGUGGAUAUUAAUGGAACACAAUGUUAUGCCACAGCAAUUAAUGCCACUCAUAAAUCAGGAUUCCUUUGCUCACUUGAAGGCAAACCCUGAGUGUUACCUGCAGAAGCUAUUAGAAAAUUCAAUAUAAUUAGCUCAUGACUCUCCACUGUAAAGGCAGGCAGAAUUGUGCUGGCUUCACCUGUUUGCUUGCUUUUUACCUCACAGCUUUGAUAAAGUAAUUUUAUUGUGAAUCUUUUGCCAUGAAGACACAUGUGACAGCAUUUCGGUUAGGUACAGCUAUGAUUCAAACAUAGUUAUUCUUCCUUGCCACUUAUAAAUUGAAAUUGGACUUGAUAUUAAAACAGUUUAAAUUGAUGGACCACAAGUACAGUAAAUAGUAGCUCACUCCUUUAGAAUAAUCUGAAACCACAACUUUGUAGUAGUUUAGUUCCACAUGUCAGUCUUAUACACCCACUGACCUAACCGAGUUACAUGUGCAAAACUCAUGGCAGUAUUAUAUUGGCCCUUGAUGCUUUAUCCCUAAAUAUUUAUAUCUCAUUACCUUUAAUAGUCCAAAAUCUAUAGUACAGACAAUCUUAAAAAGCUGUCUUACAUCUCGGAACUGAACAGAUUUGAAGAACAAUUUGCCAAGAUAUACACUCUUGUCAUUUUUCUGAGUAAAGCUGCACCUGAAUAAACCCUGGCAAACUUACACCAGAAAAGUCCUGACUAUGAACAAGUAUUUUCAAUAAUAUUUGCACUUACCAUGAGCUAUUCUCAAAACUAAAUUAUAUACAAUCACAACGCAUUUGCCACACCUUUAUAAUCUCUCCAGUUGCUCCUAUUUCAGUUACAAAUCAGUUGUUUGCCUGCAUAUUGUUCAUUGAUGCUUAACUGUUGUAUGACAAAUUUUCAACAGCUUUCUUGUAGCGUGGAGUCAAAAUGAGUUAAAUUCUUUUGUAUCUGAAACUUUUAAAGGAACAUUCUCAACUCUGACUUUAGUUUUGUUAAAUUUAAGUGAUGUUAAUUUUCAGUUCUGUUAUGUUUCAGUGAUGUUGAGGUUAAUUUUUGUUAAGUUUAAAUGCUGUGAAAUUCAAAUGAUGUUAAGUUUAAGUUCUGUUAAAUGUAAAUGAUGUUAGGUUUAUGUUCUGUUAAGGUUAAUUUCUAUCAAGUUUAAGUGAAGUUAUGUGUUGCUCAGUUUAAGUCUGUUAUUUUAAGCUCUCUUAAGUUUAAAUUCUAUUAAGGUUAAUUUCUGUUCAGUUUCAGUAAUGUUAACUUUGAGUUUUGUUAGGGGUACUUUUUGUUAUGUUUGGGUGACGUUAGGUUUGAGUGACAUUAAGUUUAAGAUCUGUUGAAAUAUGCUCAUUUAAAUUACAAGAUACAGUUCUUUCAUUAUAGAGAUAAGAUGGAACUGACUGAAACAAUUAUGAUAAAAAUUUGGUAAGCAACUGUUUAAGAAUAUAAGAUACUAAGUUGUGUAAAAAUAUGUGAGGAUGCAGUUUAUUAGAUCCUUAAUUUCAAAGGGCUGUUUAAUCUUCCAUAGGUAGCACAGAGGAAUGAGUAACAAUUCCAAAUUAUGGCUGUUAUUAAUUAGAGAUGCUGCUCUGAAGAUUUGCACAUACAGAACCUGUGGAGGCCAGAAAUCCGGCCAAGGAAAAGCCCUCUGUACUCCCUUGGAGGACCGACCCCUAAGCCACAACCCUGUGGUUAUGGUGAGCAAAAAGAGCAUCCCCAGAACUCUUUGGUUUUUUUGUUGAUUCCUUGUAUCCCAUUAGCCCUUCCCCCUUUCUCCACCCCUGUGCCCUCAUCCCAUUGGCCUUGGUGUUCUGUCCCACUCCUCGAGAUCCCUAUAUAAACCCCUGCUUUCCCUGCCUGAGUGGCUCUUUUGUCCUUGGAUCCCUUUGAAGAAGAAGGUCAAUAAAAGCUCUCCUUGGAACAUCACACCAUAUCCCUGUCUCUCCUUCUGCAUCACCCAGAUCACAGAGGAGCUGAAAUCACCUGCUGUGAGCACAAGACAUGCCUGUGCCCCCAAGGUGUCUUUUCCAAGACACUUCUUAAAGAAGGUUGUGGCACUCUGAACAACGCCCGCCAUGACAGAACCAAUUUCUAGAAGUUUUACAUAAGGAUCCACAAUUGGGUGUGCAAUGGCAAGGCCUAGCUGAUUUACUAACCUAGGGGAGAAGGUAGGCACGUGUUUUUAUUGCCAACAGGUCUGAAGUGGUUAGUUACCUGCUUGUCUGGACAAACAUCAAUCGCCUCUGAGGAGAUGAGGCCCAGUGAGAGGAGAAAUGACCUAAUCACAAUCCAGCCCUCGAAGCCAAUGCAGGAGCAGGGGUAGGACUGCCAGAAAAUGGCUGUGUCUGGAAGCUUAUCAAGGCAGCCUGCUAACAGAGGUCUUGUGUCCCACUGCACCCACCAUCAAGUUACUGUGUUCCUGCUGGCCUUCUUCAGUUAUUCCCUGUUCCAUGCUUCUAGAAAGACAUUCCGUAAUGUCUAGCUAAUGGACAUUUCUAGCUAAUGGACUUCCUCCUACCUAAACAGCACGGCCUCUGAGCUCCAGCCAUAUGAACUUUGGAAGUAGCCAUUUAUUGCCACUUUCUGGGGGCAUUGGACACCAUCUUUUUGUUUUCCUCUGCUGUGAGUCUCUUUGUCAGUGACAUGGUUAUAUUUGAUGGGUUUUUUAUUGAUUGUGAUCUGUAUUCCUUGUAUCUUAUCCUGUGUCCAGCAGAUGACCAGUAAUAGUCUUAGUAAGAGAAUGGCCUUACAGGUGCAGACUGUUUUGGCAUUAGGGUACAUGAACCCUUUGCACAAAACACAAAUGGGGAGAUGUUGCGUAUAGGCAAAACUUUACAAAAUAGGGGCAUUGUUACCCUUGUAAAAACAUGGCUCAGGCCUAAUACUUUGGCUAAGUACAAAAGGACUAUGGGAAAGUGACUCAGCUGAAUUAGAGGUAGAAAAACAAGUUAUAUAACCACUACAUGUUCACAUUGUGGUUUAUGGUGAUUAGUUGAAUUACAUUUGUUGUGCUUAAUUGGAAUACAACUGAUAAAGGCCUAACUGCUUAAAAAGGCCUGGUUUUGCAAUAAAGGGUUCUCUCUUGCACCCUCCUGGAGAGUCUGCAUCACUCUGCUGUGUAACAAUGGACCUGUUAAACUCAUGCACAGGCGAGUCAUGGGUCACUGGGCAUGGCCAGGGAACACCUUUAAAAGUUAAGGAACAAGUCUUCAAAGUUCUCCUUGCGUUACCUUUCUGUCCCUUUUCCUGGCCACAGAUCUAUCAGAACCUUUCCUCUCCGGGAAAAGCCCUGGGAAAUGAAGAAGUUGAGACUCAAGUAGCAAACCCAGCCAGUGCUCAGGAAUGCAGGUGCAUUGCUGGACUCUUAGUGUUUUAUAAGUUCUUCCCAAGCCCUGCUCCCCAUAAUCAGAUUAUGAAACCUUUGACUCGAAUGCAAACAAACAGAUCGUGUGGUGAGCCAUAAAAAUAAAGUAUCAAAAUAAAAACCCUAAACUGAGAGCAUCUUCUGUAAACAGAGCACUGUAAACACAGCAAUUUGUCUCUCUGCAAUGAUAUUUGGCGAGGUAUGAAAGAGCCCCAAGAGAUGGCAGGAAAACACAGCUGUUCUCUCCUUGCAGGAGCUGAGGAAGAAGAAGGGGGAUGGGAACACAGCAAAGCUGCGAUGGCUCCAGGGUCAGCACAGGCUCCACUGCGCUCCUGGAAUGGGAAGAGGGAUCCUCCAGAAUGGGUCAGAUUGGAGGGACUACAGUGGGUCACUGGUGCCACCUCCCUGCUUCAGUAGGGCCAUCCCAGAACACAGGGUGCAGGAUUAUGUUCACACAGCUCUGGAAUAUCCCCAGGGAGGAGACUCCACAGCCUCUCUGGUCUCUACUCAGGGCUGGGCAUUGCACAGAGAAGAAGUUCUGCCUCCUGUGCAGGGGGAAUUCCUGGGAUCAGACCCUGUCUGUGGCUCUGGUGCCAUUGCUGAGCCCUGGAAGCAGAGCUUGGGCCCUGCUCUGCCCCUCUCUGCACACAGGGACACCAGGGCUGAGGGCCCCUCUCAGCUAUGUCUCCUCUCGAGACUGAGCAGCCCCAGCUCCCUCAGUCUUUCCUGGGCACCCAGAUGCUCCAAGCCCUUCUUCAGCUCCGCAGCCUCUGCUGAACCUGCUCCAGGAGCUCCCUGUCCCUGCUGUGCUGAGGAGCCCAGAGCUGGACACAGCACUCCAGAGGUAUCUCCCAGAGCUAGGCAGAGUGGCAGGAUCACUGCCUGACCUGCUGGGAAUGCUCUUCCUGAAGGUCCCCAGGAUCCGAUUGGCUCUUUGUACCCAGGUCACUCUGCUGGGCAAGGACACCUCGUUGUCCCUGGGACCUUCUCCACAGAGCUGCUCCAGCAGAUCCCCCCCAGCCUGGGGUGGUUUUUCUCCCCAGGUGCAGGACCUGCAUUUCCCUGUUCUCUACUUUCAGUUAGUUCUUCUCUGCCCAUCAACCUGUUGAGGUCCUUAGCCCCCAUGUUUUCCUUCCAUUCUGCUCUGGCUCAUUCCUCUCUCCACAACCCAAUGCAGAGUGCUUAAACCAACACUGGGCCCUGAUUCCCAGCUCUCUGGAGUCAGUACCUCU